AUAACAAUGUGUCAAGCAUUCAUCGUAUGCAAUUUUACGAUGUUUAUGUAAUAAAACUUUAAUAGAUGCUAUAUAUUUCUCAAUAAUGUAAUGUAAUAUAAACUAUGUAAAUAUUAUAGGAUUUGCAUUUCUUUGAUUAACAAGAUGACAUUUAUAAAUUUAUUAAUUUGUAUAAUGAAAAAAUAGUAUGUGGUUUUCAGAGAAUAAAUUUUUUUUCGAAUACCGUACAAUGUUUCCGCCAAAUUCGUACAAUACCAAUGAACGCCAGAUAGCGAUGUUUUAAUAAAUUUUUUGAUUGAAAGUUAGAAAUGUCGAACACAUAUUGGUUUAUGGGAAAGUAGAAUAUAGAAGCAUGUGUGAUUAUCUUAAACAAAAUGAGAAUUGUACAGCUCAGGCGAAAUCGUCUUUUCAGUAUUAUUAUCUGUAGCAUAUUUUUGCUUUACACAUUGUAUAUUGUUAUAAACUUUUUUUCUGACAAGCCUAUUAACAAUUUAAAGGAAUAUUGGUCAGAUAGUCUAAAGGUUAAAGAGUUACCAGUUCUAUCAAAAGAGCUUGGUAAUUUUGAGCUCAAACAUGUAUCAAUUAGAAGUGGACCUGGAGAAGGAGGUAAACCUUAUAUCCUUAGGGAUGAUCAACAGAAUGAUGUUCAACAAUCAGAAAUAGAUUACGGCAUGAAUAUGGUGUGCUCGGAUGAAAUUUCAUUAGAUAGAUCCAUCCUUGAUACAAGAAUGCCUGAAUGUAAACACUGGAAUUAUCCAGAAGUACUCCCUCGAACUAGUGUAAUUAUAGUAUUUCAUAAUGAAGGUUGGUCUGUAUUACUGAGAACUGUUCACAGUGUGAUAAAUCGUACUCCCCCACAAUUUUUGGAAGAAAUUUUACUUGUAGAUGACUUUUCUGAUAAAGAUAAUUUAAAAGGAGAUUUAGAUUCAUAUAUAGAACGGUGGGAAGGUAAAGUAAAAUUAAUAAGGAACGAUAAAAGAGAAGGUUUAAUAAGAACGAGAUCACGUGGUGCACGUGAAGCUAAGGGUGAAGUUAUAGUGUUUUUGGAUGCACAUUGUGAAGUUAAUGUUAACUGGUUACCACCUCUCUUAGCCCCAAUAGCUGUUGAUAGAACUGUGAUGACAGUUCCUAUUAUUGAUGGCAUUGAUCAUAAGACCUUUGAGUAUCGACCUGUGUAUCAAGAAGGACAUUUAUAUAGAGGUAUUUUUGAAUGGGGAAUGUUGUAUAAAGAAAAUGAACUUCCUGCACGGGAGAAAAAAUCUCGACCUUAUAACAGCAUGCCAUACAAGUCUCCUACUCACGCCGGUGGUUUAUUUGCGAUAAAUCGUGAAUACUUUUUGUCGUUGGGUGGAUACGAUGACGGAUUACUUGUGUGGGGUGGAGAAAAUUUUGAGUUAUCAUUCAAAAUAUGGCAGUGUGGGGGAAGUAUUCUUUGGGUACCAUGUUCGCACGUUGGUCAUGUGUAUAGAGGAUUUAUGCCUUAUACAUUUGGAAAAUUGGCUCAAAAGAAAAAAGGACCGCUGAUAACCAUAAAUUAUAAAAGAGUGGUUGAAACUUGGUUUGAUGAUAAACAUAAAGAAUUCUUUUAUACAAGGGAACCAUUAGCGCAAUUGCUUGAUCAUGGCGAUAUAUCAGAGCAGUUAGAAUUUAAAAGAAGGAAAAGGUGUAAAAGUUUUCAAUGGUAUAUGGAAAAUGUUGCUUAUGAUGUUUUCGAUAAAUUUCCCGAAUUACCACCUAAUAUUCACUGGGGAGAGUUGCGAAACAUAGCGACAGGAAUGUGUUUGGAUACAAUGAGUCAUUCGCCUCCUAGUUUAAUGGCUACUACUGAUUGUCAUGGAUUUGGUAAUAAUCAGUUAAUUAGAUUAAACGCAAAAGGUCAAUUAGGUGUCGGAGAACGAUGCAUAUCUGCUGAUAGUCAAGGAGUGAAAUUCGUAUUUUGCCGCUUAGGGACUGUAGAUGGUCCAUGGCAAUACGAUGAGAAAACGAAGACGCUUUUACACAGAGUGCACAAGAAAUGCAUGGCACUUCAUCCUCAAACUCAACAGUUAUCACUAAUGCCAUGUGAUAUCAAUAAUACGUAUCAACAGUGGUCUUUCCAUCAAAUUCAUCCAAAGUGGUGAAGAAACGUAAGUACUGGUGCUGUUUGCAUAUGAGAUGUUUCAUGCCGAAUUAAACUAUACUCAUUAAAGACUUUUGGCAAAAAUCUAUCUAUGCAUUGACUAUUCUUUUGUACAAAAAAUUGUGUUUACGUUACAUGGUGUUUUAUAUUUCCCUACUAUAAAUAGCUGGAAUAUUUGUGCAAAAUCAAAAAUGCGUAAAAAUCAUAUUGUAAAUUUUUCUUUAAAAUUUACUUUAAAAUAACAGUUAUAAAAUACUUUUAAAAAAAUAGGGCUGUAAAAUCUUAACAGCGCUAAAAUAAGACUUAUAUCGUCAUUUGAAACCGUAAAUAGGUCAUGAUCAUUAAUGAAAUGAAGAAACUGCUCAUUUUGAUACAAUUUCAAUGAAACUGUUUUAAUAUAAUGCAAUAACAUAAUUUAUUAAAAUGCAGCCAUGUUUGAGAUUCUUUCAUAUAACUUCCUAUAAUGCCGAGUAUAUUGACACGUCAUGGUUUGUCUUAGUUUAUCUAUUUUUUGAGUAGUAGAAUAAGAUUAGUAGAAUCACUUUCUUUAAACAAAGGUUCCCUAUAUCUGCUCGAGAUAAAAAAGAGAUUGCUGCACACAUUCGCGUAUCUACCAAUCGUGCAAAAUGCUUACAAAUGUUUGUGAGCAUUUAGAGAUGUUAGCAAAUAUUGGUGGUAAAUAUUUAUUAAAUAUCGCCCAAAUACUAAUAAAUAAGGAUAGAUAAAGGUAGUUUUUGAAGAUGGUAGUAGUCUUGUCUCUUCAUCGUGCCUUCGUUUGUUUGAUAGUUGUGAUUUGUAAGAAAUCCACAACCACAUAAGGUGCUAUUCGUGUGGACAAUACUGGUUUAGGGUCUUAUUAUAUUUCUUCUGUCGAAAUUAUUGGAAAGAAUUUACUAAUGUUAGUAAAUAUUUAUGUGCAUACGUGUUCCAUCUGUGCAUUGACUGGUUAAUAGGCUUGCAAACGUUUAUGAACUAUUAGUGUGAUUGGUGGACACGCGUCUUAAACAGUUGCAAGGAAUGUAUAUGUUUCAAUCAUUUUAGAGUGCAUUUCGCUUAAAUUAUCGAUAUAAUAUGAGAAUGUGUGCUUCCGUUUUCGACUGAUUUUUCUUAAGAGAGCAUGUUACUGACAUAGUUUUGUAAUGGUUUUUAAUCUUUUAAGACACACUUUCAGGCAAUAAGUUACUUAGCAUAAUGUAAAGAAAUAAAAGGAAUGUUUUAUCACAGGUUAUGUACUAAUAAAUAAAGUAAAUAUAUAAUUUGUAAUAAU